AUGACCCCUGAAGAAAUCGAAGCUGUUCUCCAAGGCCAGGGCCGCGGGGCAGCGGGGCAGGACAGACCAGCUACCGACGAUGAACAGCAGAAAGUCAAAUGGCUGCAAGAAGUCUUUGUCGAGUUAGAGAAGUUAUGGAUCGCAAGAGACCCGAGCAUCAAGUUGUAUGCCGAGAAGCUUGCCAUCGGCAGCCGCAAGGAACCAUGGAGGCUUCCACUCGGCGAGUCCGGGAUCCUCGAGUUCUUCUUGGAUGUCAUCGCGGAGCCCGAUACCUCUGAUGAUCUCGCUAUUCAAUGCCUCCGCCUCAUCGGCAACUCUUAUGAGAACCGCGAUCGUGUCGUCAAGGCGAAUGCUAUCCCAAACAUCAUGAGUUUCAUUUCCAACUCUGCGUUACGGCCAUUUGGCAUAACCGUGCUGUACAACAUCAUGGUGGACUACAAACCUGCCCAGUUGCAGGCCUCCAACUCAAAGCUCAGCUCAAAACUCGUAGAUAUCUUCUCCGGUCCUAAUCUCGAAGAUAUUCGACCCCUGAUAGACCUCAUCUGCAAAAGCCUCAACCUCCUCGCGACCCAAGAAUUCGAAGCAGCCAAUGCGGUCCCCCAAACUCCCUCUGUCCUACUCUCACUUGCCUUAACCCCCGCAUCCUUGGAAGACCCUGAGGACUUCCUCUCUCUCGUUUCCGUUGCCCAAGAAUAUCUCACUCACCGACCCCUUCAAACCGCCUUCAUCACCUCUGGCGGUAUCACCACUUUCCUCUCCGUCUUUGAAACGGCGAAUUCGCCGCGCUUCGAAUCCGAAUCCCUCGACAACCCUGAGCUCUCCUCCCAAGUCUCUGUCCUACAGAAAGUCCUUAUCAACGCUCUCUCCGAUAUCACGGACAACCCAGCCUUUGCGCAGACCCACCCGAUCUCGAGCCCCGUCUUCGCCCAGCUCGUUGACUGGCUCAAUUCUCCCAACCCUGCUCUGCAGUCUGCCGCGUGUCUUGCCCUAGGUAACCUCGCCCGUGACGAUGACUCGAGCCUUUCUCUAAUCAACACUUAUACAAUUCACACUCACAUCAUCAAAAUCCUCUCCGACCCAAGCAACACCAACACCCUCCUCAUCCACGCCGCCCUGGGCUUCCUCAAAAACCUCGCCAUCCCACCCCAGAACAAACACGUGCUGGGCCCACUCCUCCUAUCUCCAGAUGCCCUCCCCCGCAUCUGGGCUAUGGAUGCUCUUCCUCAAGUUCACCUGGCCGCUGCCUCCCUUACUCGCAUGCUUCUUGUAGACACGCCUGAAAAUGUCGAACUCCUCUGCAGUCCCUCCACCACAACAAACAGAUCAACGACCACUGACUCCUCGUCCCCCACUAUCGACUCAACCUUCCAUAAACUCCUGGCUCUAUUCGACAAGACAGACGACCCCGCAAAAACGGAAACGGCUCGCGCCGUCCUCCGUGUCGUACGCUCCCCACUUGGAUCUACCUCUCACGCUCUCUACGACUCGUAUCCUCACAUCCCCGACGCAAUUUCCCAUCUCAUCACACAAACUCGCUGGCCAGCUCUCCGCUCCGAGACUAUCAGCGUUCUAGCGCAGGCUUCGCGCUCCGAGGCAGCGCUCCCCAUGCUCCACCGCCUGUUUUCUAGGAACGAGAACUUCGCCGUCUUGGGGGAUGCUGUAAAAGGCAUUGCGCCUCAGCCGGAGGAGGGGAAAGAUUCUGAUGCUCUAGCUGCGGAGGUCAUGAGGGCCGGUGCGGAACAAGCUGCGGCGACGGCCGUGAGGAGAGAGGGAGCUGACACGGAGGGUACCACGACUACGGCUGCCGCACUUCCUCUGAGGGCGGAUCAGGAGAACUCGCUCAUUAUUGUGUGGAAUCUUAUCUUGUGGAUGAAGCAAGGUGAUGGGGAAGGUAUUCAAGCUGUUGAAGGGGAGCAACUUAAGAGUGUGGGGGAAUUUGAAGAGCUGAUGAAGGAAGGUAGCUCACUUCUGGGUAGUAAGGAAGAGGGUUCCGAGCCCCUUGGCCAAUAA